UGUCUGGAAAUGACCACUAAGCGGAAGCUGAUUGGCCGGCUGGUGCCGUGCCGUUGUUUCCGUGGUGAAGAGGAAGUGAUCUCAGUGUUGGAUUACUCCCACUGCAGCCUGCAGCAGGUCCCCAAGGAAAUCUUCAGCUUUGAGAGAACUCUGGAGGAGCUCUACCUCGACGCCAACCAGAUUGAGGAACUUCCCAAGCAACUCUUCAACUGCCAGGCCUUGAAGAAGCUGAGCAUGCCCGAUAACGACCUGUCCAACCUGCCCACCACCAUCGCCAGCUUGGUUAACCUCAAAGAGCUAGACAUCAGUAAAAACGGUAUCCAGGAGUUUCCAGACAGUAUAAAAUGUUGUAAAGGCCUGUCUGUGGUGGAGGCCAGUGUUAACCCUAUCACCAAACUCCCAGAUGGUUUUACGCAGCUCCUGAAUCUGACCCAGCUCUUCUUAAACGAUGCCUUCUUAGAGUAUCUGCCGGCUAACUUUGGCAGACUCUCCAAACUACGGAUCCUGGAGCUCAGAGAGAACCACCUGAAAACCAUGCCAAAGUCCAUCCAUAGACUGACACAGUUGGAGCGGUUGGAUCUGGGUAGCAAUGAAUUCUCUGAAAUGCCGGAGGUGUUGGAACAGAUCCACAACCUAAAAGAGCUGUGGCUGGAUAACAACUCUCUACAGAGUAUACCAGGGUCGAUAGGAAAACUUCGUCAGUUGCGGUACUUUGACUUAGCUAAGAAUCGUAUCGAGACGUUGGACACGGAUAUUUCAGGCUGUGAGUCCUUAGAAGACCUGCUGCUAUCCUCCAACAUGCUGCAGCAACUCCCUGACUCUAUAGGAAUGUUGAAGAAGCUGACAACAUUGAAGGUAGAUGACAACCAGCUGACCUCACUGCCUAGCACCAUCGGGAGUGCGAAGCCCAAGCAAGGUCUGUCUCUAUUGGAGGAGUUGGACUGUAGUUGUAAUGAGUUGGAGUCGUUGCCUCCCACUAUCGGCUACCUGCACAGCCUGAGGACCUUCGCUGCUGACGAGAACUUCCUCUCAGAGCUGCCCCGGGAGGUCGGUAACUGUAAGAAUGUGACGGUAAUGUCGCUGCGGUCCAACAAGCUAGAGUUUCUUCCUGAUGAGAUCGGACAGAUGACCAAACUACGAGUCCUUAACCUUAGUGACAACAGGUUAAAGAAUCUACCGUUUACCUUUACUAAGCUGAAGGACCUGGCAGCUCUCUGGCUUUCUGACAAUCAGUCCAAGGCUCUGAUCCCCCUACAGACAGAAGCCCACCCUGAAACCAAACAGAAGGUUUUGACCAACUACAUGUUUCCUCAGCAACCGCGACAUGACGAGGAUUACCAGUCAGACAGUGACAGCUUUAAUCCUACUCUGUGGGAGGAGCAGAGACAGCAGAGGAUGACUGUGGCCUUUGACUUUGAGGACAAGAAAGAAGAGGAAGACAACUCUGGGAAGGUCAAGGUGGAGAUCAACUUAAAACGCUACCCAACACCCUACCCUGAGGACCUUAAGAACAUGGUCAAGUCAGUGCAAAGCCUUGUGGGUAAGAGCGUACAUGCCGGACAUGGGCACCAGCACCAGCACCAACACCAGCACCAGCACCAGCACCAGCUGAGCACAGGCACUGCCACCUCGGCAGGAACCAACAUGGAACACACACACCUCAGCAAAGAACAGUAUGAACCACCGUGGCCCCUGCCUCCGAAAGAGGUGACAGACAGAGAGAUGCAGGACUUCUCUCAGUCUCAGCUAAUGGAUCAGGGAUCAAUGCAUAACUCUGGCAUUGAUAUUCCCAAGAGGAAGGACAAAGAAGACCUGACAGAGAGCUCUGAGGACUCUAUGGGCGGCUCUCCCAAUGACAUUCGUAUAUCUGACAUGAGGCCCACCCUGGUGGAGCCACCUAUGUACAAACCAAAGGUGGUGCUGCUGGGGAAGGACAAGAAAGAGUCCACAGAUGAAGAGGUGGAUAAGCUUCACUGUCUGAACCACAGCGGCUCCUCAGCUACCUACUCCGACUACUCUCCCUCACAGGGCUCCUCCGGCUCCUCCAACCCACCUGGCAACGCGCACUCACACACAAUCUCUCACGCACACCCACAUGCACCCGCCCUGCCGGCCCCAAGCAAGGACCAGGCCCCUCAAACACACUGGACCAACAGACUGGCUCAGUCGUUCCCCAAACCCAUUGACUCCAAGCCCCUGCUAUCUCAGAGAGAAACCCCUCCAUCGGGAACCCUGCAGCAGCGCGGGGAUCGACGCCCGCUGAGCGAGCCUUUUGAUUGGUCCGAGGCCCCUCACUAUGACAACACAGGUUUUGAUGCUGAGGAGUCUCCUCUGGACCCUCCAUCCUCUACCGGGAGUCAGGGAAACCCACCGCUGGGCUCCAAACCCCGCAGCCAGUCAACACACGGGCGCCGCCCCCUCCUCAGGCAGGAGCGAAUAGUAGGAGUACCUCUGGAGCUGGACACUCAGACGCUCCCCUACCAUGGCAACCAACGCUCCACUCCCGACAAUGACCCACAAUCCUCCGGACAUUCUUCCCAGAAUCCUUGGCAAAACUGGACCAGAACUCCCAGCCCACUGGAGGACAGAACCGCUUUUCCUUCCAAACUGGACCUGACACCCACCUCAAGCCCCAACCCUGACCGCAAGGACAUGGACCAAAGAAUGGAACAAGGGCCUUUGCCUGGCAGCUGGACGUACCAUGACAAUCAGGGGGAGCAGAACAGGAAGGAUCAGCUAAGUGUCAGCGGUGGUAACAAGGUAACCGUGGUGAUGAGUAAAAGCUCGGACCGCCUGUCCCCCAUGAUGAGGGAAACAAGAUCCAAGUUUAAGAAGUCGCAGAGCAUCGAUGAGAUUGACAUUGGCUCUUACAAGGUCUACAGUAUUCCCAUGGACAGCUACAGCUCAUCUAUCGAGCAGCAGACUAGUUUGGACCGUCAAGAGUUGCCCGGAUCUAUGGAGCAGACCAACAUGGCGCGGUCACAGUCUGCCCCCAUGUUAGACGAUGAUCUGGUCUUCCCAGGACAAGGCAACCAGUCAGUACAGAACCAAAAACCCGCCAUCCCACAGAAGGCCUACCAUUUUGACCACAACUACAACCCCCAGGUGACCAUGGACCGUCGGGUCCCUCCCCCCUUCCCCAACACACCAGACUAUGUCAACCACUCAUCCAAGGCCUUGGAGUACAUCAAUCAACCAGGGAAGACAUUACCCAAGGAGCUGGUGAGCCCGCGUUAUCGUGCAUAUCCACCACUUGAGAUGUUUUCUUUCCCCCAAUCUCCAAUCAACCAGGAUGGUCCGCCCAGCCAGCAUCAGCAGCCAAUCCCAACGCAGCGCUCCAGGCCAGGCUUUUUGAGGAGAGCAGAUUCAUUGGUGAGCUCUACAGAGCUGGCUUUGUUCCGCAGAGUUCAUGAAGCCCAGCAGGAGGCGCUGCAGGAAGCUCAGUACAGACAGCAGGCGGACCCCCCACUUUAUGGCCGGGCUCUGGCCUACUCCACUCCAAUGGAGCACUCUGCUCUCACAAACAUGUCUGACAGCCAGAGCCAGAUGAUGCACAACAAGAGAAACGGUCGCUACGAUGAUGACUACACAACGUACCAGGAACAAAAGAAGCCCAUGAUUGGCUAUCCAACCAAGAGCCUAACUCAGCGUCGUCCCCUGUCUGCCAGGAGCUACAGCACUGAGACCUACGGUGCAUCUCAGGCCCGUCCAGUGUCAGCUCGUCCCACCAUGGCCGCCCUGCUUGAGAAAAUGCCCCCUGACUACACUCUGGCAACCUGCCCUGAGAAACCAUCUGAAGACACCAUCAAAGUAAGACCUGUGGUACCACAGAAGCCUGAAGACAUCACCUCCAGGAUGCCUGCUGAUUGGAGGCAACAGCUGCUGAGGCACAUAGAGGCCAAACGACUGGACAGGAGUGGUGUCCUAAAGCACAACACGCUCACGCUGGGCAUGCUCUGUCAGGGCGGGGGUCACGGCCAGGGGCGCAGCAGCACUUUGAACUUUAACCUUUACAAUAACACUAAGCAUGAGCCCCCUGCUGGCCGCUGGCUGCCACUACCUCCUCCUCCGUCUGCUACCACUACCCCCUCUCAGCAGGCUGCCAUGCUGGAUAAUGACCAAGAGGGACUGUCGGGGAGCAACCAGUGGGCUCCCUACUCACUUGGCAGGAGGGACGUUCCACCUGACAACCUUGUGAAAAAGAGUGCCCACUCCCACAACCCCUCACACCAAUCCCACAACACCAUGAUUGUCACCUCCUCUUCCUCCUCCUCGUCCACUACACCUCAUCGUGUGGUCGUGCAGCAGGGCUACGACGGGAUAAUGAACAAAGGGGGCCAGUAUCAAUCAGGGAUGCCCUUGUCAGUGGUUCCCUCCGGGGGGCCGGGCCAGUACCAAGGCAACUUGUCUCAAGGCCAUCCUGCUGGUGGACAAGGUUACCCUGGUGCGGGCAUGGCCAUGUCCCCAUCUGGGAACCAGCCCCAGUACAACCCCCAUUCCUCCCACACAUCCCAUCAGCCAGCCACCAACCCUCAGUACCACGGCAACCAGGGCAUGGUCCAUAGCAACCAGGGUAUGGUCCAUAGCAAUCAGGUUGUCAUGACCCACACCAACCCACGGCCUCAGAGCGCUCGCUGCCUGUUGCAGACUAAAGGCCAGAAGAGCACGGACGGUUUCCAGGAACAGUUGUGUGUGAGAAUAGAGAAGAACCCUGGUCUUGGUUUCAGUAUCUCUGGUGGCAUCAGCGGCCAGGGGAACCCCUUCAAACCCUCCGACAUGGGUAUCUUUGUUACUAGGGUACAGCAUGACGGGCCCGCCGCCUCCGCCCUGCAGCCUGGAGACAAGAUUCUGCAGGCUAAUGGACAUAGUUUUUUACACAUGGAGCACGAGACAGCCGUCUCUCUGCUGAAGAGUUUCCAGCGGACGGUGGACUUGGUGGUUCUGAGAGACAGCAGCACGUGCUAAAAAAAAUAGUUUUAUAACAAACAAACAAACACAACACAACAACGCUUCUCUACUCUGCUCAUCGCCAUCCCAUGCAACCCCACCUGCCCUCCGCUGGAGGCUUGUGGAACUGAGAAAUGAGCCGCCUUUUUUACCUUUUUAGGGGAAUACACAGACAUUUAUUUGCCUAUUGCUGGACCAAAGGCAAAUACUAGUGCCAAAUGUACCAUAGGAAACAUAUCGGCUCUUCUGUUUACCGGCGGUCAGGGACCUGAUCGACGGCUAGAUGGACCACAAGAGGACUCUCUGAGUUCCUACAGGGCUGCUGCAGUUUGGAUUUUCUGGUUGUUAAUUAGGCAGUCAUCCGAUCAGUCUGAAUAGUUUCUGUUUGCUUAGUUUGCAUUCUGGGGUAUUUACCCUUUCCUCCACCGCCUUUUAUUUUGCUGUCCAAAGUAGGUUUUCAAUAGUUUGUUUGGUGUAGCACAUGAUUCACUCUCCCAGUUCUUCAUUUUGUCUCGCUCUCU